CGUUAUAUGGAACAGUCUUUGCGAGAAUGUCUCCGGAUAUGAAAACCAAACUCAUCAAAUCACUACAAAAUCUCGACUACGUCGUGGGAAUGUGCGGUGAUGGAGCCAAUGACUGCGGGGCUCUGAAGACAGCCCACGUGGGGAUCUCCCUGUCACAGCUGGAAGCUUCAGUGGCCUCACCCUUUCACCUCCAAGCUGCCAAACAUCGAGUGCGUCCCCAUCCUCAUCAAGGAGGGCCGUGCUGCCCUAGUGACCUCAUUCUGUGCAUUUAAGUACAUGGCUCUGUACAGCAUGAUCCAAUAUGUCAGUGUCCUUAUUCUCUACUAUAUCUCGAGUAACUUGGGAAACUGGGAAUUCCUUUACGAAGAUCUGUUCAUCACCAGUGCCAUCGCUAUCACCAUGAGCCGGAACAAGGCCUAUGAACAUUUGGUGCCACAAAGACCCAAUGCGAACCUCGUGUCGCCACAGCUGCU